AUGGCGGCCGUGUCAAGCGGAGCUGCUGCUGUGUCCGCCGCGGCCGCAAUUCCUCACCCGGCCCGACAGACCGCGGUCAUGGGCGGCCAGACCCGAGUCCCGCCGAGCUCCGCCAUGGAGCACCAGAGCCGGGUCGCCGGACCGAACGUUGCGUGUAUGAGGAGCCCGGGACAGGCCAGGCCGACCCCAGCUCGAGUGGGUUACUACGAACUGGAGCGGACCAUCGGCAAGGGCAACUUCGCCGUGGUGAAACUCGCCACCCAUAUCAUCACCAAAGCCAAGGUGGCGAUUAAAAUCGUGGAUAAGACGCAGCUGGACGAUGAUAAUCUGAAGAAGAUCUUCAGGGAGGUUCAGAUCAUGAAGAUGCUGCGACAUCCACACAUCAUCCGCCUCUAUCAGGUCAUGGAGACCGAGCGGAUGAUCUAUUUAGUGACGGAAUACGCCAGCGGAGGCGAGAUCUUCGAUCACCUGGUGGCUCACGGGCGCAUGGCGGAGAAGGACGCGAGGCGGAAGUUCAAACAGAUCGUGGCGGCCGUCCACUUCUGUCACUGCAGGAACAUCGUCCACCGAGACCUGAAGGCGGAGAACCUGCUGCUCGACCACAACCUCAACAUCAAGAUCGCCGAUUUUGGGUUCAGUAACCUGUUCUCUCGGGGGCAGCUGUUGAAGACGUGGUGCGGCAGUCCUCCGUACGCUGCUCCAGAACUGUUCGAGGGGAAAGAAUACGACGGACCAAAAGUCGACAUCUGGAGUUUAGGUGUGGUGCUGUACGUGUUGGUGUGCGGCGCUCUCCCGUUCGACGGCAGCACCCUGCAGAACCUGCGCGCUCGUGUCCUCAGUGGGAAGUUCCGUAUCCCCUUCUUCAUGUCCACAGACUGCGAGUAUCUGAUCAGGCACAUGCUGGUACUGGAGCCGAGUCGACGGCUGACCAUGGAGCAGAUCUGCAAGAACAAGUGGAUGAGACAAGGAGACCCCGACCCCGAGUUCGACAGGUUGAUAGCGGAGUGUGAGCAGGUGAAGACUGAGAGGGAGGCCGAGCUGAUUAACGAGCAGGUUCUGAUGGCCAUGUCUGACAUGGGACUGGACCGAGAUCGCACCUUACAGUCGCUGCACACGGACGCGUACGAUCACUACAGCGCCAUCUACAGUCUCCUCCUGGACAGACUCAAGAGGCACAAGACCCUACGCGUGGCGCCGCCUCCCCGGCCCAUCGGCUACCCGCUCAACGCCGUGCAGGAUCAGUCUGCUGUUAGCAUGACCGUCCCUCACGUCCAGCUCAUCAAUCCAGAGAACCAGAUCGUCGAGACCGACGGGACGAUGGCGCUGGACAGCGACGAGGGCGAGGAGCCGAGUCCGGAGGCCAUGGCGCGCUACCUGAGCAUGAGGCGCCACACUGUGGGAGUGCCCGACCCCAGGACGGAGAUGAUGCAGGAGGAGCUGAAGUUGCCACCGGGUUUCGUGCGCGCCCCUCCUCAGGCCCCGUUCCCCACGCUGCCCCCCACCAUCACGCACACGCCCACCUUUAUGCCCACCCAAAGCCUACAGCCCACCCAGCAGCUCGAAUACAAGGAGCAGUCCCUGCUGCAGCCUCCCACCCUGCAGUUGUUGAACGGGAUGGGCCCUCUGGGUCGCAGGGCCUCAGACGGCGGGGCCAACAUCCAGCUCCACGCGCAGCAGAUGCUGAAGAGGCCGCGCGGCCAGUCGCCACUCGUCACCAGCCCCCACCCAAUUCCGGCCGUCGCCCCCGUGGAUGAGGAGGGUUCAGAUGGAGAACCGGAUCCAGAAGCGGUACAGAGGUACUUGGCGAACAGCUCCAAACGACACACGACACACAAUGCAGCGAGCUACACGUCCGCCGAGCUCUCCAACGACAUACAGAGAGCACGGGCGCGGGGCUGGAUCCCCGAGCACUCACGGUCGUCCUACAAGGACUGUAACACGCUGCACCUGCCCAUGGAGCGCUUCUCUCCUGUACGCCGCUUCUCAGACGGGGCCGCAACCAUCCAGGCGUUCAAAGCCCAGCUAGAAAUCAAACAGCUCAAACAGGAGUGUGAGCAGCUACAGAAGAUGUACGCUGCACCACAAGACGAGAAGCUACUGGAGCACACACAGCAGCAGCACAUCCUCUACCAGCAAGAACAACAGAUCCUACACCAGCAAAUACAGGCCCUUUCUUUGGGACACGGAGAAAACCAGCCCAGUCAUCUUACCCACCAGCUUCAAAGGUUGCACAUACAGCCUUCUAGUCCGCCACCUACACAUCCCAGCAACCACCUGUUCAGCUCAGCCAAUCAGAGUCCUCCACCAGGUAGCCAGGGGAUGAUGCAGGCACACGGUGGACCCUUCCAGCACGGCUCGGAUCUGUACCAGUCUUCAGGCAACAGUCCACCUCCGACCGCCCACCCCUGCAUGGCCCUCGCCAGUCAGCCGCCCCAGCAGCCACCCGGGCACGGAGCGGUCGGCCUGGCCCAGCAGCAGCCCGUGACCAUUCAGGUGCAGGAGGUGGAGCUGGGGGGCGUGGCGCAGAGACAGAGUUUUUUGGCGACGCCGUGUCACAGAGUGCUGGGAAAGCAGCUGAGUGCCGACAACGCCGAAAUGCACAGUCGCAGCCUGGGUCGUUUCCAUUGCUCGACGUCGGCGUACGAUCACGCCCAGUUCAGCACGCACGUCACCACGGGUACCUACAACCCCUACGCCCAGGCGGCGAGCCUCAAGGUGCCCGGCCUGGACGGUUACUCCGCUUACGGCAGCCCCUCGGCCCUGCAGCAGGCCCUGCUGUCCCCGACGGCGCUGGAGUACCGGCUGGCGCAGCAGCAGCAGCACCAACACCACGUCACGCCGGUCCUGCAGGGUCUGCUCUCGCCGCGCCACUCGCUGACCGGCCACGCCGACCCGCGCCUGACGCCGCACGACCUCGCCAACCUGCUCAAGCGCUCGCGGGUCGUCGGCGUGCCCUCCAUGCCGAGCGGCGGCAGCAAUCCGGCGCCACCCCCACCACCGGAGUACGGCGACGGCCUCCUGCUCGGUCAGGACUACGGUGACAAUCUACUGAUGCUGGAGCCCACCCAGGCCCCGCCCGCCGCCCAGCCUCCACCCCCAACGCACUACCAUCACCACCACCACCUGCUGCAGAUCCGGACCUCGCCCUCCGAAUGCCAGGUCCCGCCCCUGGCUCACUCCGAGAGCAUGGAGGAGGACGACGUCUCCGCCUACCACGACGGCUUGCUGGCCAAGGUUACCACGACGACACCGCAGAGAGUGGUGAUGGAGGCUAAUCCUCGUUCCGGUCAGGGAGAGUCGUAUCGCUCCAGAGCCCCGCUCCAGCGCCACCACACCAUCCAGACGGCAGACGACGUCUAUGAGCAGGCGGAGUCCAUGUCUGGAAUGAGCUUAUUGGCCGGGAAGGCGUUGAGCUCCGCCCGCAUGUCGGACAUCCUCAGCCAGUCGUCACUGGCCGGGAGUCAGCAGCUGCACCAGAGGGAGGAAUCGGUGUGUAACGUGGACGAGGAGCUGCACUCGGCUGCAUGUUAUCCGUCCUCCUGCACCAGCGACAUGCUGCUCACCUACAAACCCCAGGACCUUCAGUACAGCAUGGAGCAGGCUGGCGUCUAACACCACCGGUGUGUGUGUGCAGUGUGUAUAAAGCUCCACAUCUGUCUCCUGUGUUCAGCUGCAUCAUGCCAAACCCCCCUCGUGUGUGUGUGUGUGUGUGUGUGCCCGCCUUCAAACAACUCUUGAUUGGAUAAAUCGGGCGUCGCCCCCGUGACCCCGCCCGACCGACCGACCGACCAUAAGCUCUCUGGACCCGCCCUCUCUGUCUCAUCAAUGUUGUCGUAUCGAGACUCCGCACACGGUCUUACGUCGACACGUUCUUAUAGAUAGAAUCACACACACACACACACACACACACACACACACACACACACACACACACACACACACACACGGUUACAAACCCAAAGUAUUUCACAUCAAAGCCUGUGCUUUAUCUCCGAACGGAACGGGAUUGGGGGGGGGAGCAUUCAGCAUUUUGUUCUUCCUCCCCCCCCCCCGUUCUCGGCGCUACAGUGGAUUAUUCCGGAGCGUCUCCGAUGGCAGCCCGGGGCGGAGCGGUCCACUCCGACGGGCCAGCGGGGGUGGACGCGCUCCACCGGGGACUUCUCAAAACCGCGGCACAGGACGAGCGGCGCUCAUUCGUUUCGUCUCCUUCUCCAUCUGGGUUUCGCUUCUGUUUGUUUGUUUGUUUGUUUGUUUGUUUGUUUAUUUUUUAAAUGCAUUUUUACGGCUAACGUUCACGUAGGAAUUAUGAUCAUUAUUAUUAUUAAUAUUAUUAUUAUUGUUUUCUGUAAGAGAAGUUUUAUGGUUAUAAUAUUAUAAUGACAGUUAAUAUUAUUAUUAUUAUUAUUACAGAGAUAAAACAGUUCGGUGUUGCAAACUUUAAAAAAAAAAAUCUGCACUUUCAGUUUAAGCGAGCUUUAUUUUCUUAAUCCCGCGCUCUCUUAGCUUCGCCCCGCUCGUCACCAGAUCUGUUUUAUUCAUUCCAUUUCUCUCUCACCCUCUCUCGCUCUGUCUGUCUGUCUGUCUGUCCGUCUCGGCGGCCGUGACGGUAGCGUGUAGUGCAUCUUGAGUAUUUUAACACGUUUCUUCUUCUUCCUGUACAGUGACGCCAUGUAUAGAUCGCCGAUGCCAUUUCUGUACGCUUUCCGUGUGCAUAUGUUUUAUAUAUUUUACUUUAAAUGUCAUUUUCCGGACGUCUCGUCGAUGUGAUGUCGGUUUUAUUUCUCUCCCCUGAUGUGAGGCGAGGAGUGUGAUUAGUUUUAUUUCUUGUUGUCGCUCUGUCACGGCUGUUCACCACGUCUGAACGCACACACACACACACGCACACACACACACACACGCGCACACACACUUCUACUAUCGAACUGAAAUUCCCAGUUAACCAUCACGACUAGUGUUCACAUGAUGAUACCGGCGUUUACAUGAUACACAGCGAGACCGUUUCCUGCCGGCUGUACCGCUGAGCUGUAUUAACGGUUUAUUCACAAGCAGUUUGGUAUGAACGCUCUGCAGAACCCAGCAAAAAGCCACGUCAUGAAUCUUCAUUCUUUGGUUAAUUUGGGGUUAAAUGAUAUAAUAUUAAAUUUACUCCAUGAUGAGGAAACGUGAGGCUGCUCUCACUGUUCCACAGCUCACUAGUCGCUGUGACAGAUUUUGCUGGCGGUGCCGUGGUUCCGAUUUACAGUGGAACAGCGUGGAACAGUGAGAAUCGAGUUCGGCGCUUUAAAAAGGUCGGCGUCCGGUUCAGGGAGCGGUGAAAUCCAUGCUGCGGAGCUGCAGAGCUGGAGGACGCGCAGAGGCGUGGUCAGUGGUUCUGCCGCGUAUCAUGUGAACGCAGCCUGAGGAAUCUGUAAACUAAGGACAAGAUUUAGGGACGAGACCGUGGUCAGAGGAACCAUCGGAACUUCAGCUGAGUGUUUUCAUUAUUGAUCGUUCAGCAUUUAUGAAAUCUGCACGAUUUGAAGGGUGUAAGAAUAUGGUGCGAUACGUGUUGCAAUCUCAACCCCUGUGUGCACUCAGUUUAGGAUUCACUUCAUCCCGAACAUUUCAAGUGUAAGGAAAAGAUUUGGGCCUGAACCAUUACAGUUGUUGCUCACCAGGCUGGACUGGAUUGGUAAGAUGCAUUUCGAGUGCACUACAGCUGAGAUUCGGAACAAGACUAUGGGCUGAGACCUAGGCUUGAAGUUCUAGUGCACCGUAACUCCACCCUACAGAGUGUACAAGUAAAGAGAGCAAUAGAGGAGAUGAUCAUUUGUGGAGAGUUAACCUAUAUAGAUUAAAACAAAAAGUUUUAAUGAUUUCAUAUUAAUUUAUUUAGCCUCGGAUCCAGUAAGAGUGAGAUUUAGGACGGAACCAUUUGCCGAUGGUUAUUAUUAUAUAUUAUAAAGCUUGGUCUGAGGGGAGAUGUUGGGGACCGUUCCCCUACAUCAGAUGAAGAAAAAUUCCCAAUCCUAAUCAAAACACACAAAGAAUUCAGGUCUUGGUUUGAGUGCACUUGGUCUGAAGGGUGCAGUAGAGAACGUCGAGGUUGAGAUUAGGGACGAAGCCUCAAUGCUGGGAAUAUUUACCAUUUCGGUGAACCAGCACAUGUAAAACAGGGACAUGAUCAUCAAUGGUUUGAUCUUUUUAUUUUAAAUAUGUAGGUCUCUUUUUUAAAAGUGGCUGAAUUACUCUGGCUGUGAAGUGCACACUGGAGUGUACAGGGUGAGAUUUGGGACGGGACACCUUUGUACAAAGUGGUAAAAAGUGCUUUACAGAUUCCAUAAGGAUCGAGACUGUUUACAGGUGGUGAUAAGUGUGUGUGUGUGUGUCCAUGAGUUUCUGUCGAGCCCUUGGUGCAUGCUGGGUCACUUGAUGAACGCAGCAUCCUCGCUCCUCCUGCUCUCUCUUUCACUUCAUUUCAUUUCGUCUGUUUCGUUUCUUCCUUUUUUUCUCGUUUCGUUUUUGUUUUGGAGUCCAAAAAAAUACUAAAGUGCAACGAUGGUUUAAAAAAAGAAUUCCAAAACUGAGAUGAAUAAUAAAUAUAUAUAAAUAAAGAAAUAAAACUGA